AUGCUUGAUUUGACUGGUGAUGAUGAUGAUAUCAACGGUGUCGAAUUGUUAUUCAGCAAUCCCAGCUGGUCGGAUGGCCAUUCGAUUCCUAGCACCAUUCUUAGAAACAUCACUGCAUUAUCCAGCCAGAUAGCAUAUUCCGAGGAUCUGCUUGGAAACGUUACAACUCUAUCAACUACCUCGGUGUCGACGGCAAACGGAGUGGUCCAAGGUCUAUUAUAUGUGCCAGAUUUGGCCGCUGACGACCCGUGCCAGAAUAUAACGGCAAAAUAUAUACCCAAAAAUGUAACCCGCCAGGUGGAUUUACCAACUACGAAUUAUAAUCUAAUCGCUCUUGCACCAUGGGUCACCAACGAAUGUACCCAGUCGUUUUUCUCUUCCGCGAGAGUAGAUCCUCUUCGGGGUAUGUUAGUUUAUCGUCCAGACGAUGACGACACCAACCAACCUCCAGAUGCCGAUGACGAUGCUUGGGACCUAGGUGACGGGGGCGCCUGGAAGACGCAAAAUCGAUAUCCCAUCUACGCAAUUCCUGGAGGCUCAGGAAAUGGAAUGAUGCGUCAACUCAGUCUCUACUCUGGUGAUUUAUCAACGGUUCCCUUCAGUGACCAGAUUGUUUCGACCUAUUCGCCAAAUCCAGCCGAUUAUGUGCGAGUAUGGACAGAGUUAUCGGUUAUCACCGUGUCGACAACACUCCCCCUUUGGGCCUUUAUUCUAAUCAUUUUAGGAGUAAUUGUUGCUGUUAUCGGCAGCACAUCAUUGCUUAUGCACUUCGUCCAAGGUCGUCGUCGUGCAGCAUUGCGAAGACGUGUUGAGCGAGGGGAAGUAAAUUUGGAGGCAUUAGGUAUCAAGCGAUUGAGAGUACCGAUGGCCCAUAUACAGACAUUUACGCUAUUUACAUAUAAUUACGAUCCGCCAAUACCAGUAUCCCCCACGUCGCCGAAGUUAUCAAAGGGGCGGAGAUCAUCGGAGGCUAGCCGACAGCCUAUCAGUGUUAGGGCCGAGAAAAACGAAGCGCCUAUCGACUAUCAACCCGCUUGUCUUAUCUGCUUAGAGGACUUCGAAUCCAAGAAGACAAUCAUCCGCGAAUUGCCCUGCGGCCAUAUCUUCCACCCAGAGUGCAUCGAUGAGUUCUUAAGUCAGUUGAGCUCAUUGUGUCCUUCCUGCAAAGCAUCGAUGCUUCCUCCUGGUUAUUGCCCCAAGAUCACCAAUUCUAUGGUGCGCAGGGAAUUUGGUACCAGGAGGCUUCGGUCACGGGGUGGUAUAAUACACGUGGAUGUUGAAAGAGGGCGGCAAAGACUAUCGUCAUGGAGCAGCUCUAUGAAAAAACAUAUAUGUCGUGUAUCAUCUCCGAAGCCGGAAGAAGCUGUCGAUCUGCCAGAGCAGCAGCCAAGAGCUGACAGGCCGAGUACUGUCGGGACAGCUCGAGAUCGAAUGCAGGACCUAGUCGUCCCCGUCGAUGAAACUAAUAGCGAUGACGGGCGGCCUCAAUGCAAGUUGUCCGCCACUAGAAUGAUUCAAAACCUAACCAGUCAAUAG